GAUGGAAUAGAUGUAUUCAUUGUAGUUAAUGUUAAUCUUAAACCAUUGAGACAUGUGCUACUUUUUUACGGGGAUAGCAUUUUCAACGAUAAAAAAUCCACCAAUUUCUCGUGAUGUCCUCUUUGUUUAGUCUUUUGCUAUUUAUCCUACAACAAGAGCUGAAAGCAUGUUUUUAAGUAAACAACAUCGAUACAUCUACAACUCAGGACGUAGUAUAACUCUGGAAUGGACAAUUUGUUGUAUUGGAGUAAAACAUCUGCCUAAACAAUUGUGUAUUACUCUAUUCGUUCUAGAUACCAAAUCAACCAGAACCUAAGAUGUGAACUUAGAGCUUAAACGAAUGCCAAUGAAUCCAUGAAAUCAUAAAAAUCAAUACGAUUCAGGAGGAAGAAUGUCAUGCAACUUUGAUAGAAAUUGAACAAAGAAUAUGUUAUUAACCGCGAUGAAUGGUUUAACAUCCUCUUUUCAUCCAUUGGUCAUUUGCAAUUAAUGUUCUUUUGAGUCACAUAACUUACUCACCUUAAUAAACAUAUUCUUUUUCCGUUCCAAUGUUUUGGAUCCAAUUGUCCAAUGCGAUAAAAUGGUCUCAGGGACCAGAUAGUUUUAGCUCGUGGGCCGGAGUUUGCCGACCCCUGCUAUAGUACAUCGAACUGAUUAACUUUCAAUGGGUGUCGACUUCCUCGGUUUCUCUUAACACUGUAAAGAUCUCUCUUUCGAUGGACUGUAUUAACAUUUUCUGUUAUCAAAAUGUGAAUGCCUCAUGGAGCCAAUAAUUACACAGUUACUACAAUUCCAGGUGUAAAGAAUGAAGAAUUACGGAAAUGAUUUUGAUAAACAAUAUAAUUUAAAGAUAACUUUAAGCGUUGCUCCACCAUCACCACCAUCUGAAGAAGUCAAUUGUCAUUGAAGUUAAUUGUUAAUUGGAAAAUUGGAAAAAGCCCAUGAGCCUAUGACUAUGACAUAUUUAAUUACUUUUAUCGACUCUAUUUUCAACCCUGCCAAAUUGUUGAACUCGAACACUACAAUGCAAACUGAAGUUUUUCAAAAAAUAAUUUUCUAUUUUGAUAAUUGUUUAUCAACGCACAACAAACAUCUAUUUUAUCAAACCUCUCUCGCCUCACGCGAUCGCUUCUCCUAGUCUCAAAACAACUCCCAUCCCAUAAUGGGGGAUGUUGAUCAUUAGAAGCGCUCAAUGUCAUUCGAACAUAAUCCUCUCCAUCUAUUUAUUUGCUUUUUUAAUCCCUUCUAUACUACAUUCUCAUAAACUAAACAUGACCAAUCACCCCCCCAUGUUUGGACGUUCUCCCCAACGGGGUUGAAUUUGAUGCGUAAAACUGUGGCCCUUGAAGUACUUCGUGGCGCUCACGUCGUGCUCCUCUCCCACUCGGUCACAUCGGAGGGGUGCCACCAUUGAUUCAUCAAAAGACAAACACUGCUGUGAAAUGGCAAAUGUGGUUGUUCUAGCAGCAUAACAGUACCUCCCACCUCUGCAACAACCCCGCACACACAGCACAACCACAACAACAACAACCCGCGAUCGUAGAAUCUCCGUCAGUUUGAUACCCUUCUCGACACAACUGGACAAACACUCUCGCAUAUAUCGAACACCGCGCGCGUGUUUUGUUUUUGCUCGCUUCCAGCACCGGCCAAGGGGUGGUGGGAAAUAGCGACAUCCAACUCUCAAGGGUUUCCAGUUUUUCCUGCCCCGAUACACACGCCGAAUCAACAACGCCGUGCCGUGUGCGCGCUUGAGCCGUACCGCGUUCAGUUCACUGCGAGCGAUCACAUCGGACGGUUGUGUGUUCGCGUCCGGGUGUACACCACGCGCGCUCCUUUCGCCAGUUCCACACGCCCUUAGACAGACAGCGUUCGGUCGGUGGCUCACGUUUCCCAACGGUGUACCCCUCCCCCCAAAAGCCCAAUUGUGGUUGUUCGGCAAAAGUUACGCAAUCGACGCGCCACGGCCACCGCCACCAUCUCCUCUCUCCAGUGUAAGCGUGCGCGGUCGCGCACAGUAGUGCGGUGUUGGUCGCGUGGAAUGUGCGGUACAUUGAACUGUAUUUGAAGGCCAAAUCAGGCGCUGUUUUUAAGCAAUUGCGUGUGCGGUGUGCGCUCGGUUUGGGUCAUCCCAUUUUGGACCUUUGGCAAAUUGAGCGCAAAGUUGAACCCUCCCUCCUUCAAUCCGAACCUAUCCCGAAGCUACGCUACUAUUGCGGGGUAGCAGCGUGGUAUAGUAUUUGGUUCUAAAAAUAAAGCCACUUUAGAGGCGUGUGUGUGUGUGCGUGCGUUCGUGUGCCGUGAGUUCUAAAUUGUAUCGUAAUUCCUGUACCGAGUCGGUUGGACAAUAAAUUGUGUUUGCUACUGUGAGUUCGCCUCUCACGCCAUCAGGAACGCAGCGGGAAGUGUUGCGCGAGAUAAGACUCAUUCCCUGUUCCAUUCCCAGCGACACGUUACGAACCACGUUGUUCGUUCUAGUCCAGGGGUGUGUGUGUGUGAUGACCCAGGUGUGAUUUAAUUGUGUAAAACUCUUCAAAGGCAUCCAAUACAUUGACAAGGUAUAGGAAGUGUACCAAUCCCGUGAAACAGCCAAGUCAUCGCGGAGAGUGUCAGCUCGAGUCGUCGCAACGCGCAUCUCAACCAUGAAGAGUCUAAAAAAUCCAAGAGUAUGGGUGGGCAUGAAGCCGGUGCGGGCCCACCUAGACACGGCCAAGUUUGUGCUAUUCUACGGACCAAAGUUUGAGGACCAUGAGACGUACAGUUUGGAAAAGGCCGAGGACAUCCUGCAGCACAGCCGGUUCGACAAGAGCAAAAAGACGGUCAUGUACUUCCACGGCUACAUCGAGUCAAUGGAGGUGGAGAGUGUGCACGUCAUUGCCGAUGCGUACCUGAAGCGGGGUGACCAUAACAUCAUCAUCCUCGACUGGGCACAGCUGGCGGACGGGAACUAUCUGCUGGAGGCCGUCCCCAACUGCAAGAAGCUUGGAAGUUAUCUUGGAUCCGUCGUACUGCGGAUGAUCAAUGCAGGGCUGAAUGUGGACAAACUGCACCUCGUUGGACAUUCGCUCGGUGGUCAGCUGGCGGGAUACGUUGGACGCACUGUGAUAGCUCAAUCGGAAAAGCGCGUCAAGCUAAACAGAAUUUCAGCCCUGGAUCCUGCCUUCCCACCGUUCUAUCCGGGCAUCUUCGCUACCGCCCUAAGCUCCAAGGAUGCUGACUUUGUGGACGUCAUUCACACCGACGCUUGGCUGUACGGUGCACCGGUCAGCACGGGCACGGCCGACUUUUGGCCGAACAAUGGCAAAACCCUACAGCCGGGCUGUCCGAAGCGAAACUACAAACUGCUCACCGAUAAUGACCUGUGCAGCCACCGGCGCUCGUGGUGGUUCUGGGCGGAAAGUGUAGCGGAAAGCAAUGUGGCGUCGUUCCACUCGGUCAAAUGUAAAUCGUGGGACGAUUUCAAGGACGGCAAGGUCGAUCGGGCGGCUCCGAUCGUGCACAUGGGAAUCGAUUGCAGCUCUGAUGCCAAAGGUGACUACUACCUGCAGACUAACGGUGCCCCACCAUAUUCCAAAGGAGUGUCCGGCUCGAAAUUUGAAUAACAUUCGCUCCAUUAUUUGUUUUGAUUAGCUUAAGACUUCUCCAAGUUACCCUUUUGUACAAAAUGGUUUUUUAGUAAAGCAAAAAAACAUUCUUCCAACAAUA